CUUUCAACAUCAACAACAACAACCGGAAGGAAAAAUGUUGCUCCGGAAUUGGUGCUCUUUGCUGUUAACCUUCUGUUGGACAUGGAACAUGGUUUCAUCACACCUUCCACUAGUGCCAAAGCCACCUUCGAUGGUCUCGGCUGAAUGCCAAACGCUGACGCAACAGUGCGGCGAAGAGUUGGGACUGUUCAGCUCCGGCAGUAACCAGAGCGCUGGACGUUCAGCAUCGACCACGUCGACGACCACAACAUCUACGCCGGCCGCCCUGGAACCGGUUUGCGGCUCAGAUGGCCGGACGUAUAGCUCCCGGUGCGAGUUGCAGCGUGCCAGGUGCGAAGGGCAUCCAGUCCGGGUUCGUAAUCGUGGAUCUUGUCACGGAGCCGAGAAACGUUGUAUGUCUGAGCGACGGUUGGCUCAGCGAACAGCCCGGCGAUUGAACGAGACUCACCAAGCGGGCGGCGUCGGCAGUGCUGGUGGACUGGGCAAAAAAUCGGCGCCUACUGGCGAGACUUUCAUUCCUGAAUGCAAUGAGGACGGACGAUUCGCGGAAAUUCAGUGCCAUCAAGGGACGGGCUAUUGUUGGUGCGUCACGCCCGACGGCAAACCCAUUCCGGGAUCGUCCAUCCGACACAACAAACCCAACUGCAAACGUCAAAGCAAAUCCAGCCCCAGUCGCAGGUCACCACAAGGCAAGAAACCCCGUAAAGGUUGUACACCUGGCGAUAAAGCGGCUUUCAACGGUCACCUGAUCCGACUCUUUACGACCGAGUUCAACCGCUUGCCAACCACUCCAAUUCCCAGUACUACAGCGCAAACGGAUGGCGUGACCGAGACUGCUGAACGACGAGUGAUGGAGUGGAAAUUCGACCAACUGGACAAAAACAACGAUGGCCAGCUGAUUCGACGCGAAUUCAGAGUUCUACGACGACUCGUCCGUAAGGUGGUCAAACCCAAGCGCUGCACCAAGAACUUUCCCCGACUUUGCGAUACGGAUCAGGAUCGUAAGAUUUCCCGGUCAGAGUGGUCCGUCUGCCUCGGCAUCGGUAUCAAUAUCUCCUUCCGUUUGUUCCUGUUCCUCAACUCAGGGGACAGCGGUGAGGAUUCGGCGGCCAUGAAUUCCAGACUGUCCAUCCGACCAGAUAUCGAUAGUUUACUUUGGACCAAGCACAGCAGUAUUUUAUCGCCGGAGGUGUCGUCUGUUGAAGAAAUCGAACCUGUCGAAGCAAAUGAUUGUUAUUCGGACCGAGAAGCCGCCCAAGAGGAGGUCGACCAUGGCGCCAAAGGAAUGUACGUUCCUGAAUGCACGCCAGAUAAUAAAUACCAACGAGUGCAGUGCCACAAAUCAGCCGGCUACUGUUGGUGUGCCAACGACGAAACGGGCAAGCCCAUUCCUGGAACAUCAGUGCAGAAUAGCAAACCAACCAACUGCGACAAUCUACCUGCCCACGUGCUGAACCGGCCCACUCCACCUCCAGUGCCAAAGGAAAACCUCAAGCCUGUUUACCGUCCACUCACUGCGGAAGAAGCUUGUACGGGAAAGAGGAAAUCACGCUUGCAGUCCGAUAUGGUUGAAUUCUUCAAGGAAAAUCUGGCCGCUUUUCUUGUGAACAAAACAGCCAAUAAUCCAAACAGCAUCGCCGGACCGGAUUACAAUUUGCCACCGCGGGAACGAGUGGCCAAAUGGCAGUUGCAACAGCUGGACGCCAAUAAAAACAACGUCAUUGACAGGCAGGAAACACGGGAAUUGCGCCUCCUCUUCAAACGCAGCCAAAAGUUGAGACGGUGUAGUAAAAAACUGCCGGCUUUUUGCGACACAAACGCUGACAAGAGAAUCACGGCCGAUGAAUGGCUCCGUUGCCUUGGAGUUGUCAAAGCUGAAGUAAGCAAUAUCGCCUCUCCCAUUAUUCCGGUUGGCGGAUCUUCUAACGGCAAGCGAAGAGGUCCGAAUCCAUUGAGCACCUACCUCAAGGACCGAUGAUGAUUUUUUCGCAUUCUUUUCAUAAAGCUUUCAAGCCACAGAAAAACAAAUGAAUAAUAAGGUUAUACGAAUAGAGAGAUGAAGCAGUUCCUGAAAAAAGAAAAAAAAAAUUUUAAAGAAAAGAACAAAAAGAGAAAUUACGAGCGCUGCAAGUGGAUUAUUUCGUAAAUAAUCGACAAUUUACUAUGUAACAAUACGAUGAGCUAUAAUAUCUUUGCCCUUCCAAAUGACAUUUUUCAAUUUUUACGGCAACAAUGAUCCCCUUCCCCCCACAAUUAUGAAUGAUGAGAUGUGUACAUAUGUGAUGAUGGUUUUCUUUUGGCUUUGUAUAAAUAGUUGGAAUGAGUGUUCGCACAACUUAA